UUCACUUUCAAAUGUUUCAAAGAGACUGUUUUAAGGAGUCCUCCGUCAUCGCACUUUACUAUAAAACCUCUUAGUAAAGACCAUUCUAUAGGAAAUAUAAAUAUGGCCUUUAUUGACAAGUGGUCAUUUAAUAAAAAGACAAGAUUCAAACAUAAGAAGUUAAAGCAUACAUACUGUACAUUAAAUAUAACCAUAAGAUGGCUGUGAAGAAACCUCAAUUAUAAUGACAUACUGUAUAACCUGUCAAUAAAGGCCAGUCUUUGUAAACAUGGUGAUAAUGUAAAGAGCACACAUUUUUUUCAAAUAUGAAAAGAUAAAAACAAACAUAAUGUAAAAAUAUAUUCAACUGUUAAAAUUACGCUGUUUAAGGAUUACAUACUGGAUAACCUCUCAAUAAAGACCGGUAUUGCGAAAUACGAAAUCUAUUGACAAGUGGUCAUUUAAUGAAAGAACACAACAUUCAGUAAAAGAUAGUUAAAAGAAAAACACAAUUCACUUUUAAAUGUUUCAAAGAGACUGUGAUCGUGCUUUACUGUAAAACCUCUCAUUAAAAACCAUUCUUUAGGAAAUAUAAAUAUGGUCUUUAUUAACAAGUGGUCAUUAAAUGCUACGACUACGCUGUUUAAAGACUGCUUCAUCAGGCAUAACAUAGUGUAUAACCUCUCAAUAAAGGCCUAUCUAUUGAAAACUGGUCAUACAAGGAAAGAAUACAACACUCAUUAAAAUAAUAGUUAAAAGAUAUAUAAUUCACAUUCAAAUAGUUCAAUGAAACUGUUUUAAGACGUCCCCCGUUAAGCAAGCUGUACUGUAAAAGCCUGUCAAUAAAAACGAUUUUUUAGGAAAUAUAAUUAUGGAUUCUAUUGACAAAUUGUCUUCCGAGGACUAUAAUUCGUUCUACUGUUCGAAAUACUGGCAUUUAGUUAUUCAUAAUAUUCUUCAAUUCAAAUAUCUUUAUUCACCCAGGUAUUAAUAAAAUACAUAAGGGGUUUACAAAAUAAUAUUUUACAAUAUUUAUGUUCCGGUUGUAAAGUAAGAGUUCACAAUAAAUGCAGACAAACUUAAGCAACAAAACGCAGUAACAACGAAUAUGUUUUCAGUAUAAUUUUAAAUUUGAAUUAAGCAAUCAUUUUUGGUAAUCGUUUUAAUUCGACUAAUUACUUUGCUGAUUAACUAAUUAAUUAGAAAUACGCAAUUAAAGCCUUUAAUUAUUAUUAAUAAAAAUCCAAUUAUCAAACAAUUAAAUGAUGAUUGAUUUUAAAUGGCCAUUAACUUUGUUUGAUCUUCCUUUUAUGUACAUGUGAUCAAAAGAAAAAUAUCUCUCUGCAAUAAGCAGUGUUCAACUUAUUAAAGUAAAUUAACGAAACAAUUAAAAUGCAAACUGUAAAACAAUGGACCAUUGCAGUAUAAAUAUCCAGACGGCACAAGACCCAAGCCAUAAAACCUUUUACCUCAUAAAAUAUACACUGAGCAAAAUUAUACCAAGCCAGGUCAUUACCUUAAUACACAAAAUUCAUAGUCUUAUAAUAUAUAAUAGACUUCAUCUGCCUACAAAUAAAUCAGCAUGGACAUUAUCUCAGCAGCGUGUUGUCUUCGCAACAAGUUGGUGGCUCUUCACAACAGUGAUAUGACUGUAUCACAACUUGAGAAUGCUAUAGCCAAUGUGGACCAGCAGAGUAUGAUGUCAGUCAUAGAAGAUAAACAGUCUCAUCAUCUUCGUCUACUUCUCCGUUUGUCUGUCAACGAAGGAGUGUGUCACAUGUACAAGCAGUAUUCCAGCAGAAAAUGGACUGAGGUACAAAAGACAGCAUCAGCGAUCAAGUCCAGUUUAGAAGCAGACGAUAAUGUACAGAUGAAUAUUAACACUUCAUCAUCAGCAACAAGUGGGCAAACGUUCCAAGAUAGGGCUGCCGGAGUGUGGACCAGCGUGGUUUGUGAGUUGUCCAGAUGUGAUUGAUAAUACAGAAUACAAUGUGCCUUUUUAGUGCUUUUCAUAUAUUAUUUUGUUGUUGUGUAAACUUGUUGUUACUGCUGUGCUAAAAUGUGUUAUUUGAUUACAAUAUUAUGAAUAAAAUACAAAAAAAUAGAUGGUGUUGGUCUUUAUUAGAAUUAAGAAUGCUAAGCUGUGUAAUAGAAAUAUCAAAAGUGUGUAACGAUUUAGUUUGAAACAGAUAUGAACUUAUGCGAUAGCUUUGAAGAAACCUCUUAUAUUAUGACAUACUGUAUAACCUGUCUUGGUAAACAUGGACUGUAUUGGCAAGUGAUAAUGUAAAGAGCACACAUUUUUCAAAUAAGAAAAGAUGAAAACAAACAUAAUGUAUAUUAAAGUAUAUUUAAAUGCUACAAUGAAUCUGUGGAAGAAUGACAUACAGCAUAACCUCUCAAUAAAGACCGGUCUUGCAAAAUACAAAAUAUAUUGACAAGUGGUCAUUUAAUGAAAGAACAUAACAUUCAGUCAAAGAAAAACAUAAUUCACUUUUAAAUGUU